ACAAUAUGAAAACACAAACUGUAUUCGUUCUCUUCGCAUUUUUAUGUGUGGUAAUAAUGGUCACUUCGCAAGACUUCGGAGAAGUUUACUGUGGACGACGACUCGCAACCGCUUUGGCUCUCCUCUGCGACAAUAACUUGAUCAAGAGAUCUGAACCGCAUCACAGUAACACGCGGGCGGACUUCAGCUGGCCGUGGAUAGAAGCGCACAGAGCUCACAGCAUGGGCAGGAAGAAGAGGCAGGUGGCCGCGGAGUGCUGUGACAAACCUUGCACCAUCAACGAACUGCUAUCCUACUGUGGCAACUGAAUUUCUAGUCAAAGAAGAAUACUGUAUAAUG